CAGAUGUACUUCAGUUGGCAGCAUUUCAAAUUGCUUAGUUAACUGUGCAGCAUUAUCGUUUAUUGAUACUGUGCUGACUGAUUGAUCAUUUUGAAGUGUGAAGUUAUGUUAUGAGGAGGAGUUUAGCGCCAAGUCAAUUACACUCAAUAAAAGUUUCCCCUGCUAUCCAAGAGCCUCCACUUAAAUCCUCUAGGACCGUUUUGAAUGAAAAGAAUGUGCCAGAUCACUCUCCAGCGACCUUCGUUUCCCCCUAUAGAAAGUCACUCACUCCAUGUGACACAAAUUCUCAUGAAGACCUUAUCCGGGAUAUACUGUCGAAACCUUUUCGUGUCCCCAUGGUUAAUUAUACUGGCGGUUCAGCAGACUCAAGAGCCCUGGGUGUACGCCGAAGUACAUCCAGAGUAGCCCUGCAUGACCCAUUUGAAGAAGGGGCCUUGGUUUUGUAUUCACCACCUGAAGUAACAGCUCAUGAUGCCCUAAAACAAGAAUCAACCAAGCAGCUAGUGCACGUUGUCGUCGAUCCGAUGUUGUCUAAAAUACUCCGUCCGCAUCAGCGUGAAGGUGUCAAGUUCAUGUACGAUUGUGUCACUGGCGUACAAAUACCAGAAAACCACGGAUGUAUAAUGGCAGAUGAGAUGGGUCUUGGCAAGACUUUGCAAUGUAUUACACUUAUUUGGACUUUAUUGCGUCAAGGUCCUGAAGGUAAACCAACGAUUGAUAAAGCAGUGGUGGUUACACCUAGCAGUUUGUUAAGAAAUUGGUACAAUGAAUUUCAGAAAUGGUUACACGGAAAGGUAAAUCCGUUGGCUAUUGAUUCUGGGAGUAAAGAUGAAAUCGACAGCAAAUUAGCUUGUUUUCUCUCUCAAACUGGUCGUAGAAUUCCAUCACCAGUUUUGAUUAUCUCUUAUGAAACAUUUCGAUUGCACGCAUCUGUUCUGCACAAGGGUUCUGUUGGUCUUGUCCUUUGUGAUGAGGGUCACCGUUUGAAGAAUUCCGAAAACCAGACAUACCAAGCACUGGUACAGUUAAAUUGUCCACGUCGUGUGCUACUAUCAGGGACUCCUAUUCAGAAUGAUCUGCUUGAAUAUUUUAGCCUGGUACACUUUGUCAAUAUGGGUUUAUUGGGUACGGCUAAUGAGUUCAGGCGUCGUUAUGAAAUACCAAUUUUACGUGGACGUGAUGCAGAUGCUACUGAUGAAGAUCAAAAGAAGGGGGAAGAAAUACUACAAGAACUUUUAGGUAUUGUGACACGAUGUAUUAUUCGUCGAACUCAAGCUCUUUUGACGAAGUAUUUGCCUGUGAAAAUUGAACAAGUAGUGUGCUGUAAUUUAGUGUCAGGCCAACGUGAAGUUUAUUCAGAUUUUGUGAAGAGGAUGGCACGUGAAGUUGCCUUAAAAAUGAAUGCAGAUGAGUCAAAACUAUCGGUGUCAAGUCUAGCAUCGAUAACACAUUUGAAGAAACUUUGUAACCAUCCUGAUCUAGUGUACGAAAAAAUGGCAACCAAUACCGAUGGUUUUCACAAUGCUCUUAGCUAUUUUCCUCCAAGUUAUCGGGGAUCACUUGAAUCAAACGAUGCUGUGAAACCGGAAUUAUCGGGGAAAUUUCAAGUACUCGAUUGUCUGCUAGCUGUGAUUAAAGCGACUACAUCAGAUAAAGUUGUACUUAUUUCAAAUUACACUCAGACACUUGAUCUUUUUGAACGUUUAUGCUGUCAAAGAGGAUAUAAUUAUGUGCGACUGGAUGGCACAAUGACAAUAAAAAAGCGAGCAAAAGUUGUUGAACGUUUCAAUGAUCCAACCUCACAAGAUUUUGUUUUCAUGCUAAGCAGUAAAGCUGGAGGUUGUGGACUUAAUUUGAUUGGUGCAAAUCGGCUUGUAAUGUUUGAUCCUGAUUGGAAUCCAGCCAAUGACGAUCAAGCGAUGGCACGUGUCUGGCGUGAUGGUCAAAAGAAACAGUGUUAUAUAUACCGGCUUAUAUCGACUGGCACCAUUGAAGAGAAAAUGCUGCAACGUCAAGCUCAUAAGAAAGCUCUUAGCAGUUGUGUAGUUGAUCAACAGGAGGAAGUCGAGCGUCACUUUAGUCUGGGUGACCUAAGAGAACUUUUUAUGUAUCAUACCGAAACAUUGUCGGAUACACAUGAUAGAUUUAAAUGUCGUCGUUGCGUAAAUUCAGUCCAGAUAAAGCCACCACCGGAAGGGACAGAUUGUAAUUCAGAUUUUUCACAAUGGAAUCAUUGCUACGGGAAGAAAACACUGAACGAUGCGGUCUUAAAAACAACUUGGGAUACUGGUUGCAUAUCAUUUGUUUUUUGGCAUUAUUCACAUGAAGAACAACGUAUAACGGUUUAACCGUUUCCUUUGGACAAUAAACGCCUUUUACUUACUUUUGUAUUAUUAAUAAGAUAAAAUUUCUUAAAACGUAUUUAUUUACAGCAUAGAAUUGUGGAUAUUCAUUUUGCGUACUGUUAUGAUCACGUUUAUUUAUUUUUUUGACACAAUACAAAAUAAAUUAUUCAAGUUUUC